AUGUUGUUCUUGGUCACGUUGUUUAUCAACUGCUCAUAUUGGUUAAACCGCAAGUUUCGAAUAUUGUCGGAGUUGCUCAUUGGAAAUAUCUAUGAGCCAAAAAUUGAUAUUGUUUUGGUGACAGGAGGAACUAAUGGACUCGGAAGAGAAAUCGUGCUACAACUCGCAAGUAGAGAGGCCAAGGUUGUUGUAUUGGAUCUUAUAAUCCCCGCGGACAAGGAUAAGGUGCCCGGUGUGGUAUAUUUCAAGUGCGAUGUUAGUAAUCGACAGCAAGUUUUGGAUGCGCAAAGGGAAAUUAACAGGGAUGUUGGGGUUGUUACAGUACUAAUAAAUAACGCUGGAAUUGCAACUGGCAAAACAGUGUUGGACCUUUCGUUCCAGGAAAUAGAACGCACAAUUCAAAUUAACCUAAUAUCAAGUUUCUACACUAUCAAGGCUUUUUUACCAAGUAUGAUGCUUAUGAAAAGAGGCUAUAUCGUGACAAUUGCAUCCAUUUUAGGUUAUAUGUCACCCGCAAGAUUGAGUGCCUAUGGUGCCUCGAAAUCAGGGUUGAUUGCCUUACACGAAUCGCUCACUUACGAGUUGGGACCGCCUUCAUUAAAUCCACACGGUGUCAAAACUUUACUUAUUUGUCCUGGUCAGUUGAAAACGGGCAUGUUCACCGGCGUCAAGACCCCUUCAACAAUAUUGGCUCCAGAGUUGGAUCCAAAAUUUGUUGCAGCUUACGUGGUCCUGGCAAUCGAACAAGGUCGCCGUGGUGAGAUAAAAUUGCCAUUGUAUGGUAAAUUCAUACCGCUUGUGAGAGCAUUCCCAUGGCCACUUGUUGAGUUGACCAGGAAACUUUCCGGUAUUGACCAAAGUAUGGUUAAUUUUAAAAAUAAGUUAACAAAGGUGGCUAGCAAUGUUUCGUCAAUAGCUAGUAGGUCCUUGCAAGGUUCAAGUAACGGAUCGCCAGUGACAAAUUAUUUGUUUCAAAACGGACAAAACCAGUCAUCCCCAGCCACAGUGUCCAACAAUGCAAAUUGA